GGGCAAACUGGGAGAGAAAUAUCGUUUUAAGGAUAAAGCAACCUGAGUGCAAAACAUAGGGAACUUCUUCACUCUCUCUAACUUCACAGUUCACACUCCCUCCAAACCCCGAACCCCCAAACCAAGUCUACCCUCUAUCUCUUCUUACCCAGUUAGUUGGAAUGGCUGCUACUCAUCUUACUAGUACUUCUUCUUUAACCAUCAACACAUUACCCUCGUUCGAAGGUCUUCGCUCUGCUUCAGGAAUUUCAAAGAUCAAUGUUUCUGUUGCAUAUCCUAGUUUCACUUCAAGGUCAUUCCGUGGUUUGGUUGUUCGUGCUGCCUCAAUAACCACAUCGAAGUACACAUCAGUUAAGCCACUGGGAGAUAGAGUUUUGAUAAAAACAAAGAUUGUAGAGGAGAAGACCACUAGUGGAAUAUUUCUUCCAACAGCAGCCCAAAAAAAACCUCAAUCAGGUGAAGUUGUUGCCAUUGGUUCAGGAAAGAAAGUUGGUGACAAAAAACUGCCUGUUGCUGUCAAGACUGGCGCCGAAGUGGUUUAUUCCAAGUACACAGGUACUGAAAUAGAAGUGGAUGGAUCAAGUCAUCUGAUAGUGAAGGAAGAUGAUAUAAUUGGUAUCCUAGAAACUGAUGAUGUUAAAGACCUCAAACCUUUGAACGACCGCCUAUUAAUAAAGGUUGCAGAGGUUGAGAAUAAGACUUCCGGAGGAUUGUUGCUGGCAGAGUCCUCAAAGGAGAAGCCUUCAUUUGGCACGGUAGUUGCAACAGGUCCUGGUGUAUUGGAUGAAGAGGGAAAUAGGAUUCCACUACCUGUUUGUUCAGGAAACACAGUUUUGUAUUCCAAGUAUGCCGGAAAUGAUUUUAAGGGUGUUGAUGGUUCUGACUACAUGGUGUUGAGAGUAUCGGAUGUGAUGGCUGUGCUUUCUUAGAUAGCCUACAACUUUUAUUUGCCAGUUGUAGAUUUAGAUUUGUAGCCCAUUCUGUUUUACCAUUAGAAUUCUGGGCUCUAAUGGUUUUGUAAUUGACACUGCUAGUAAAACAAUUCAUAAGAAAUAAACAUGGCUUAAGUACUCUUUGUAGGUUACGGUAAAGUUGAAUUUUUUGUGUUAUAAAAACAGUUUAUUCGAUGAA